CUCUGUCACAUGAAUUCUUUUUUAUCCUAAUGGCAGAUCCAAUUUCAUCUCAUCCAUUAUUUUAACCAUAGCUUGCUUUUCCCAUUCUCCUUUUAGAAUUACACCUAUGAUGGCCCUUUCUUUAUCUUGCUUACCUUAUAGAUUAUAAGUCCCCUGUGAGUAAGUAAGAGUCAUGUUUUUCUUUAAAGUUUCAACAACAAACCCCAAGGUUUAUUUAUUUAAAAACAGGUAUUCGUUGAGGUGCCUUCUGGGUGCAAGGAGCUUUAGAGUAGAUUUUGACCUCAGCUGAACCUGGAACUCUGAUCUGAUAGACUGUUUAUGAUAAGCUUUUUUUUUUAUUAGAAAGCAGCGUGAUUUGUAUAUCGACGGCUUAACAUAUACAACAGCAUUUCUUCUUGCACCUUUUCAUGAACCUGACAUUUUGAACAUAAGCAAUAACAUCCAUAUGGUAAAGUAGGCAGAUAGUACAUGUGUUGCUUAGUGAAUGAUUACCAAGUGAACACACUUGGUAUAUUUCUUUACCAAAAUACAUGUGUAGUUGUCACUUCAGAUUCACUGAGUUAAGAAAGUUUUAUUUAUAUAUUAAUAUUAAUCAGGAAUUUAACAGAUAUAUGUGACAGAAAUCUAACUUCAAGUGACUUAAGCAGAGAGAAAAAUUUUUGAAUGACAUAACUGAGAACAUUAGAGGUAGCUCUAGCUUUGAUUCCGUUUAGAUCGAGCAGCUCACACAAUGUUAGCAAGGACUCAUCUCCACUCUGCCUUCCCUGGUGCUAGUUUUGCUCUCAAACUCUGUAUAGAACUCUUGGCUGGGCACGGUGCUCACACCUGUAAUCAAAACACUUUGGGAGGCUGAGUCAGGAGGAUAGCUUGAGCCCAGGAGUUUGAGACCAGCUGAGGCAAUAUAGUGAGACCUUGUCUCUAUGGAAAAAAUUUAAAAACAGAUUAGCUGGGUGUGGUGCCACAUGCCUGUAGUCCCAGCUACUCAGGAGGCUGGGGUGGGAAGAUCACUUGAGCCCAGGAGGUCAAGGCUGCAGUGAGCCAUGAUCACAUCACUGCAGUCCAGCCUGGGCAACAGAGCAAGACCUUGUCUUAAAACAAAUAAAAAACCUCUUCUGUAAUGCCAGGUUCUUGACAAGAUGUGAUAAUUCCACACUUAUAUCCUCAGAUCUCCCAUCCAGGGCAAGGACAGACUAAAAGAGCGUAUCUUCUCCAGAAGUCCUAGAAACAUCUCAUCAUUGACUAUGAUUGAGUUUUAUUUAUUAAUACUUCCCUAGGAUAUCCUGUGUUUGAGUGUGAAGUAAAUAUCACACAAAGCGUAUAGCUAACAGUUGUGGGAGGGUUGGAAAUUCAGGGUGCUGUUAGGAAAGGGAAAUGGAUUGGGGUUUAAGGUAGGGGGAGUAAAAACAAGAAACCAUCCACUCUGUAUAUUAUAUAAGACCAUGAUCGAAUUAAGAAUUUUAGUUUACAAUUUAGCAUAAACAAAUAGUAGUAGUAGAAAUGAAUGCAUUUAUUCCUUCUCUAAGUGUUUAAGCACAAUCUUUUUAUUUGCAUUUUAUUGAUGAUUGAUUGUGGUUGAAAGGAGUGGUGAUAUGGUUUCAAGGAUCCACUGUGUGAGAAGACUGUUGGCAGUGGAAGGCUCGAGUUAAUUAAGUGACAAAGAGGUAGAGCAGGCAUGCCCAAGCUUGGUUAUGCUCUGAUUUCCUCACCCUGUUACUUUCAUCCAUAAUUUAUAGUACAUCCAUUUUGUGUCAUUUUGCUUCAGGUAUUUCUUGUCCUGACUCUCUUCUUUUUUAUGAUUUUACUCUUUCUUCACACUAAUGACUUUGUCCUCUGACUUUGACUCUUUGUGAGAUUCUUCUGAACAGUUAACCUCUAGGAUAAUGUGGCUUGAACACAUCACAGAACCGUGUUUUGACUUGUCAGUAUUAUUCACACAUUCAUGACAUUUGAGCCUCUCUACUGUGAGAAAUGUUUUAGAGACCAGUUUCUAGGCAUAGCUAUUUUUUUCCCAUGAGUAUGCAAAUCAAUAGUUUUAACUAUUGUUAAAAUGCAAUCAUAGUGACUUCAGAAAAUUUGGAAAAUACAGAAAAUAUAGGGAAGAGUAAAAUUAACCCACAGUUCUGUCACCUAAAGGUAACUGCUGCCAGUGUUUUCAUGUAUUUCUUUUCUGUCUCUCCAAUGCAUUUUUUUACAUAGUUGUGAGCGUUAGCCAAGUUAUUUUCAUUUUAUUAUGUAAUCAAUAUUUUUCAAUAGAAGUUUUAGAGGUAUUUUUUAUUGAUAUAAAAAUAACAAUUACAGAUCCUGAUGUACAGAAAUUAGUCAAAAUUAUACAGUUUUCAAAAAAUCAAGACAAGUAGGCCCAAUACAAACUACUGAAUCAUCUUCUAGUUUCCCUGUAAAAUAUUUAUAGAAAUAUGUAAGCAGAAAAAACAUUCAUUCUUUCCUCAUCUAAUUAUGAGCCUGCCAUAUUCCAGGCACAAGAGAAAGCUCUGGGGCUUGAGUCUUAAUAGGGCUGAUAGUCCAACCAGGGGACAGGGUAUCAUAAAGAGAUAAUUCAAAACUUUAAGACUGGGGGGUAGGUGAUGGUAGAAAAUUCUGCGGCAAACAUUUGUUAAUGCUCAUCAUUUGUUGAUGUCAUCAAAGAUCGCCAGGGCAUAAUUGUAAUCAAAAUUAGUUUCAUUGAUGCUUGCUGCAGCAAGAGAGACUGCACACCACUGGGGUCUAUAGGUGCUUCUCAGUGGGAAGAUGUAAGGAGGGGCUUGCUAAGAAUUUGAGCACAGGUAGCUAAUUUUAAGGAGGGCUCAAGUGAGCAAGGGUUUCUUCUGGAUUGAGCGCUGUCAGAAAGUGGGAGUGAUUUUGCAAUUGGGUAUCUUAAUUUUUAUGUUGUGGGUGGGAGGAAAGGAAAGAAGCAACUAGUCACUCAUGUUAGCCACAAGGUUGGCUAUUUAUGGUUUGCACAGUGACUUUGUUUUUGUCUGUGCUCAGGCAUGAUUACAGUAUCUCAUUUUAUCCGAAUUACAGUGACCUCAUCUGAUGUUAGAGAUUUGAGAAUUGUUAAUUGUUCAGCAGGAGAACGCCACCGCCUAGUGUGAAUGCUAGGUCAGAAGCUGCUUUUUCACACUGAAACCAAGUAAGUUAAUAGUGUAAAUGUAGGUGUAAAAUACAAUGCACAACAAAAUAAUGAAGUAAGUGAAUUAAAUUAUUGCACCAAUUAUGGGGAUAUGAAAUAGGGAAAGAAAAGCAUUAAGUUACUUAUAGUCCAUAAAGGGACUAUGUUAUUUUGUUUUUCUGAUAAUCCCAUAAAACAAAGUUUUAACAAUGUUUACAGUAACCACGAAUGGAAUUAGUGAAACUAUUCAUAUCAAUGCAAAAAAAAAAAAAAAAAAAAAAGCAGAGAAACUAAGUCUGUACAGCAAAAGAUGGAAAGGAAACAAGAAAAUUAAAUGAAGAUAAAGGUUGUGAUUAUUACAGUAAAUGAAAAUAGGUUUUUAUCUUUAAAAUGUAGACUCAAACUGCAAAGCUAAUGAUAUGCUAUCUACAAAAUAUUCCUAUUUUAUAAAUAAAUAAAACCAUAGAUUUAAAGAAGAAAGGGCACAGAUGUACUGGGGAGACAAAAAUAACUGUGAUCUGUUGGGUGUCUACCAUGUGCCAAGCAAUUUUCAUAUACUCAUUUAACAUGAUGUAUCUAUAAUUAUAUGAGGCAGGUAUUAUUAACCUCAGUCUAUAGAUGAGAAGACUAAAGCUCAGAGGGAUUACUAAAAACUAGUAAAUAAAUUAUGGAACCAUGAUUUGAAUUUAGAUUUAAGUCUGACUGAGGCAUGUUCAAAGACACUACACUGCCUCUCCAGAAAUCAGGAAUAGCAAUAUUAACACUGGACUAAGAAUUUAAAGCAAGUAAAAAAAAAUUAAGGUAAGAGAAUUUCAUAUUAAUAACAAGUAUAAUGCACAAUAAAACUGUACCAAAUGACAUAAAAAUGCAUAAUGAAAUUUAAUAGAAAUUAAAAAUUAAAGGGCAUAGUUACAAUUAUUGAGGAAUUCUCAUAGCUCUGCCUUAUAGAUCAUGUAAACAAACAAGGUCAUAGAGGGCUUAAAUAGCAAAGCAGAAAAAAAUGAAUAUAUGUAAAAAGAAUAUACUGUUACAAGUUUCCUUCAAGAAUUUGAUAAUCAGCAGUUAACACUGCUCUUGAAGAGUUACGUUAUAAAGUGAACUCAGUGGAUCAGACUAUAGAUAUGGGAGUUAUCUUUCAGGUUUGGAAUAAUUUAAACGGACUACAGAUACUGGAAUUACUGGUUACAGAACAUAAAAUAGCUGGCCAAAAUAUUUAAAUAUUUAAUAUUUCCUUAUAAGAGGUGGAAAUGUGAGUAAAUAAGAGACUAUAAAAUGACCAUGUGUUUUAAAAUCAAACAUAACGUUUAAGUGUGAAAUAUAUAAUUGAAACUAAAAACUAUUUAGAUUAAACAGAUUAGAUACAGCCAAAGGAAGAAGUAGUAGCUGGAAGCAUAGAUCAGAGAAUUUACCCACAAUACAGCACAAUAAGAUAAAGAUAUGAAUAAGUUCAUGUGGAAUGGAGACUAGAAUGAGAAGGUAUAUAUUACAUAAAAUUAAAGUUUUAGAAAGUGGGAAUACAGAGAAUGGAUGUACAAUAUCAAAAAAUAAAAUAGCUGUAAACUUUUCCAGAACUGAUGAAAGACAUGAAUUCACAAAUAGAAGCAAUACAACAUAUUUCAAGGAUGGUAAAUAAAAAGAAAUCCACUUCUAAGUACAUUUUAGUGAAACUGCAGAAUACCAAAGACAAAGAUUCUAAAAUUGAUCAGAGAGAAAAGUCAAAUCUACAAAGGAACAGGAAUUAACAACAAAAUGGAAAACAAAAAUAGCAAGAUAUCUGCAAAGAUUUAAAGAAGGUUUGUGCCAUUCAUAAGAGGGCUUAGUUAUCCAUGGAAUCUUGAGAAAGGUUCACAGCAACAAAUGCUACUCAUUCAAAGCCCUGUCUCUCAGUCUGUUCGAGCUGCUAUAGCAAAAUACCCUAAACUGGGUAAUUUAUAAUAACAGCCAUUUAUGUCUUAACAUUCUAGAGCCUGGAAAUUCCAAGAUCAAGACACCAACAGAUGUGGUGUCUGGUGAGGGCUCUCUGCUUUAAACAUGACGUCUCUUGCUGUGUCCUUACAUGGCAGAAGGGACAAACACUGUGUUCGCACGAGGCAGAAGAGCUGAAGGGACAAACUUGCUCCCUCAAGUGCUUUUAUAAGGACAUUAAUCUCCUGCAUGAGGAUGGAGCCCUCAUGGCCCAAUCUUGUAAUUAAAAGGUCUCAACUCUUAAUACUGUUAUAUUGGGAAUGAAAUUUCAUCAUGAAUUUUGCAAGGACAUAAAUAUUCAAAUGAUUGCACUCUGUCCAGAAAGGAAAGACUUCCUGGCUCCCUUGGCCAGGCCAGGCCCAAUUAGAGGAUAAAUACAUAACUCUGAGAUAGAUUCAAAUGCUGUUGAAUUUUGAUUUGUCUAAUGUCUCUUCUGGUUCCUUGUUGGUCCUUUAACUUUUACUGAACUGCAUAAGUGCUGCUGAAGGUAAGAAUAAAUGUGCUGAAGUUUGAUUAUUUGGCAAUUCAAGUAGUUUAAUUAGAGGAAGGGAAUGUGCCAAGAAUGAGGACACAAGAAUCUUUGGGUUUUCUGAUAUACUUCUCAUAGUAUAUAAAUAAAUUGGAAUUUGAGUGUUAAAUAUCAACUUCUUGAGUUUAGUUAAAUGAGCCUAUUCUCAGUAUAUUGACAAAUUCAGAUCCCAAAGCCUAUAAGCCAGAUAUUGAACCAUGGUAAUUUCAGCAAAAUACUGUUGAUGCCCCAGAGAGCCUCCUGUGUGACAGCAUACUGACAUUUUCAUCUGAGGAGUUUUACCUUGGCUAGGCUUAUUUCCUUAAACACCUUCUAAAAUGUUGAUUUACAAAAAUUGAGUGUAUUCUUAGUGAUGAAGAAAACCCCAGGUUAUCAAAAGCAUAAUACUCAAAAGUUCUAUAUAUUAAAAUGAGUUUUUAGAAAUACCUUAGUCAUGGGACAUAUAAAAGACACUCUUCUAAAUAACCUAAUGAAGAAAAUUUAAGAUUAUUUUCAAAAAUGAAAAUGAGACUGCUUAUUAAAGCUUCAGAUAGCUUUAUACUCAUGAUGGUUUUUUCUUUGUUUUGGCUACCAGGAAGCUGACAGCCAAAUUUGAGGCCCCAAAGUGUACAGGAUCUUAGGCAUUUUGUAAACUACCUAUAUACCUGGCUUUAUCUUGUUUGCAAGCACUUAUUUUUCAUUCUUCCUAAUAUUUUCUCUCCCACAACCUAUUAUAAUGUAUGUAUUUUUAUUUCUGUAAGUCAUCUCAAGUCAUUUGUGGAAUACAAAGUAAUAGAAAUAAAUCAGCAAAGGAAAAAUUUUUUAAAAUGUGUGUAAUACAUAUACCUGUGUAUUACAUGUGUAUACAACAAAUAUAUUUUACAUAUAUGCAUGUGUAUAUGUGUAUAUAUUUGUAUGUAAUGGAAAGAAAUCAGUAUAUCCUUAAAUAUUUUUUACUAUAAGCCUGUGGGAAAACUAACUAAAUAAACAUUUAACUAAAAAACCUAGAAAAGAAACAGAAUGACUGUCCUUAGGAAAUACACCUUUGAGUCCAUACCAGUAUGAAUAAAUGAUUGAAUAAAUAAAGGGAGGUUGAAUAAAUAAGAAAGGGGAAAUGAAGAGACAAAUCUCUUUUGUAAAAGCAUUUCAAAUAAUUUAUGUAGAUACUUUGCCUUCAUGGAGGUAGAACAUAACACUCCCCUCCUCAUGUGUGGGGCUGAGCAUAGUGACUUCUUUCCAAAGAGUACGGUAUGGAAAAGGAGUGAAAAGAAUUUUAUAAUGGAAAAACCUGACAAGUACUACUUCAGCCAGGUGAUCAAGGUUAACAUCAAGAGUGACGUCAUGUUGAUUAUAUAUAAUGAUAUAUACCUAUGUAUAAUAAUGUGGUGAAGAUGGCACUUUUUCUCUUUGAUCUUCCUCUUAAAAACUCACAACACCACUCUAAUCAUGAGAAAAACAUCAGGCAAAUUUUAACAGAGGAGCAUCCUACAAAAUUCUUGGCCAAGACUCAUUAAAACUGUGAAGGUCAUCAAACAAAAGAAAAAUCUGAGAAACUCAUUGCCAUGAGGACCUAAGGAGACAUAAGGAAAUGUAAUGUGGUGUCAUGAGUGGGAUCCUGUACCAAAGACAUUAGGUAAAAACUAAGGAAAUAUCAAUAAAUUACGGAGUUUAGUUAAGAAUGUAUCACUACUGGUUCCUUAAUUGUGGCAAAUGUACUGUUCUAGAAUAAGAUGUUCAUAUGGGGGAAACUGGCUGCAGUAUUUCUAUAAAUAUAAAACUGUUCUAAAUAAUAGUCUUUAAAUUUUUUGUUAUAUAGUAUUUAAUACAAGCAAAAGCACAUUUGUAUUUAAUAUGUAGAUUAAAAACAAUUAAGAAAACCCCAUAAACUGUUCCCUCUACUAAUGAUUAGAACAUUAGCAAUAAGUGCCAUUGAAGCUAUCCUAAUCUAUCAUAGCCUUUCCCCAGCCCUGACUGGGGAUUUUAACAUUUCCCUUCUUUAAAAAAAUUUUUUUUGUUAAUUGUUUAUGUGGUAUGAGUAAUAUGUUCAUGAUAUGAGUUAAGAGUCCACUUCCUUUUCUGUUAUGAAUAUUUUGGAAAAUAUUUCAAAUAAAUGAAAAGUUCUAAGUCCAAUAGAAACAAUUUUUUUCCUAAACCAUGUUGCCACAUGAUGUCCCAUCACUACUGAAUUGAAUAUCAGUUUCCUACAAAGUAUUCUCCACAGGUCGGGUGCAGUGGCUCACACCUGUAUUCCCAGCACUUUGGGAGUUCAAGACCAGGAGAAUGCUUGAGUCCAGGAGUUAAGACCAGCCUGGGCAACAUAGUGAAACCCCGUCGCUACAAAAAAUAAUAAAAAAAAUAGCCAGUCAUGGUAGUGCAUGACUGUAAUUCCAGCUACUUGGGAGGCUGAGGUGGGAGAAUUGCCUGACACCAAGAGAUGGAGGCUGUAGUGAGCCAUGUUUGUGCCACUGCAUUCCAGCCUGGGUGACAGAGUGAGACUAUCUAUCUAUCUAUCUAUCUAUCUAUCUAUCUAUCUAUCAUCAUCUGUCUUCUGCACAACCACAAUAAUCAAAAUCAAGAAAUUAAUAUGUAUAGAUCACAGCUAUUCAACCAGCCUCUAUUAACAUUUCAUCAAUUGAAGCAAAAAUGUCUCUAACCCCACUUUGUUCCUGCUAUUGGGAGGACGAGGCUAUUCUCUGACUCGUCUUGGAGCCCUGCUGUCUAGGGGUUGGGGAAAUCCCACGCUCAGCCCCACUCCCACUACCUUAGUUCUUCAGUGGAUGGAGAGUUGUUGAGAACAUUACCUUAACUUUUCUGGCUCAGCAUCCAGCAGAGGGUCUCACUGUCACCCAGGCUGGAGUGCAGUGAGCAAUGAUUGUGCCACUGCACGAUCACAGUUCACAGCAGCCUUGACCGCCCGGAGCUCAAGUGAUCCACCUUAGCCUCCCAAGUAGCUGGGACUACAAGCAUGCACCACCACACCCGGCUAAUUUUUUUCUAUUUUUUUUAUAGAGAUAGGGGUCUCACUUUGUUGCCCGGGCUGGUCUCAAACUCCUGGGCUCAAGUGAUCCUUCCACCUCAGGCCUCCCAAAGUUCUAGGGUUACAGACGUGAGCCACCAUGCCUGGCAUUAAACAAUCCACUUCAAGAUACAGAGUCUUUUUCUGAAAGACUCCUGUUUGUGUUGCCCCUGAAUCCCACAUGCCAUAGAGAAAUUUUAUCUCCACUUUGUUGUUCCUGGCACCUUAACAGAGUGUUAAUGUAGAUUUCUGGGUACCUAUUCUGCCUAAUGCUGAUCCAUGUUCAGCUAUAUACUGGGCAAGUCUUUGCAUCUGUCCUUUGUUCUUGAUCCCAGAAUGAAAGUCUAGGCAACCAGGGCUUCCUCCCAGGGUAAACAAAUAAGCAGUGAGAUCCCUGGCCUCAUUCCUGGUCAAUUGUAUACAUGGCCCAAGAAGCCCAUGUUAUAAGCCCGGCACCUCUUCUAUUCUAGAUAUGCCUGAAAACAUCUUGUUAAAUCUCUUGGAUGAUAAGAAGUGGUCCCUGGCCAAGUAAAACCCUUCCUGUGAAAAUCAGUUCCUAAAAAUCUUUCCCUUGGUCAAACUGGAUCUGACCACAGAGUUAGGAAGCCUGGAGGAUCUGCUGCUGCAUGGGAGUUGAGAGUGAGGGAGUCUCAUACCUUUGUACGUUUUGAAAAGAAAAACAAUGCCAGUUACACCCAUUAUAAGAUAUUGUGAGUCAGAAUCAUUUCUGUAGUCCACUUUGCUGAGCAAUUUUUUCCACUUAGUAUAUUUGGUGUAAGGUAUUAUUUUCUCUGAUUAUCCUUGGCCAUUUGGCCCAGAACAACUGCAUCUUAAUUGAUCCUAAUGUCUGAUCCUCCACAAGUGUCCAGUCACAAAUAUCAAUCAAGGGACCGUGGAGUCAGAUGGUAGCUGCUUCCACAGUUCGUGGCCUUUGUAAUACCAAUUCGAUACCCCUUAACUGGGUUUAAGUUUUGUCAUCUUAGCACUGUUUCCAUACUGGAGGAGGUGUACGCCUUCACCCUGGAGGCUCUUACCUUCCUCCACUGACCACAGCUUUAAGUCUUGCCUCUGAGCUGGGCACUGGACUUUCACCUCCUUGGUUAGGGAAGUAGGCUAGGAUUGCAUCAUUAACAUGGUAUGUCGCACCCGUCAGGCCCCACGCAUUUGGCCAUGCCCUUUUCUUGGAGGAAAAGAGCCAUGUCUCCUCACAGAGGGCUCUAUUCCUGUCUAGAUAUGGGAUCAGUGCCCAGGGACUGGUAUCUGCAAGAUAGCAUCCAUGAGAAAUUUUGAAAUUUUAGCCAACUAAAGUUAUAUGCCUGCUAAGAAGGGUAGGCUUGUUUAUGCUGUGAUUGGUUAGAAAUUGACCCCCAAAGUGGCAUAGGAAAACACAUGGUUAUUUCAUGCUAAUUAUCACCACAUAAUAAAACUGUACUCCAUAGAGUGACUCAGCAGUCCAGGCUGACAGAGGUUCUCCAUCCUGUACCUGCCACCUGGAACACACAGCCUUCUUGGUCUACAUGGACGUGGGAGAGACAGUGGACAGUUCCCAGCAGGCUUGGCUUUUACUCAAAGACCCCGACCAGAACUAUCCAAACAGCCCCACCUCAUUGCAAAGGGGCUGAGGAGUACUCAGGAGGAGAACUGUAUGUUAGAGAACAUUAGGGGUGGCCACCACAGGGGGCACCUAGCAUUUUCUCCAAAAUGGCUGAAUUUAAUAUAAGCAUACGUGUUAAGGUCUUAUCUGUUCACACUUGAAACAGAAUCCCAUAUACAUACUUCUUGAAUUUCUCUCUUAUACAUUGUUCCUCUCCUCACCCAGUUUUUCUAGCCUUCAGCUCUAUCUCUUGGGGGAUCCUGCAACCAUCCAUCAUCCCAAGACAGUGGUCCCAUUCUGAGUGCUAACCUUGGAGAGCAAGGGCAUGUCCCCAGAUUCCUCAGAGUGGAGCACAUGCAACCAAAGAAACCUCUGGUGUUUCAUAUUGAUAACCUUGCACAGGAUAAUUCUGAUGUGUGAUUGUGCACAGUACUUCCUCCUAGGAGUGGGGCUAAGAAGACUGGGGUUUGAGGGGGUGGCAGAUGGGCAAGAGAACAACAUUCUGCCACAUAUAAGUGAGGGUAUUUAUUCCUAUAACAACAGCACUUUCAUUUUCAUUCAUUCUGUGUAACAUUUUCAGUAGGAGAGAAGGAUUAUAGAGGAGAGGACAGAGGCCAGAGAGCCAGAGAAGGUUCUUUUAAAUUUUUGUUUAUUAUAUUAUUUUGUUUAUAUGAUGUUAUAUUGGAGAAAGGAGUUCAUUUAAAGGCUGAAAGUGCCAGGAGAGGGGAGAAGAAUGAAUAGAUGAUAAUCCAGUGAGCAAGUUUCUUGUGGAGACAGAAGGAAAAUGACGCCCCAGAACAGGUAUUUAUUUGGCCUGGAAUUAUCAUCUUGUCUGUCUUUUAACUUCCUCUCCAUGCUUCUGUAUCCAUCCUCCCCUAUCCUUCGCCAAAUGAAUGAACUCUGAUGGCUUCAUUUCACUCAUAGGGAACUCUCUGUUCUUCAUCCUGUGUUUCUCCUGAGUCUAGCGUACCCCUCCCAGCUGCCUCAUGCUACCGUGCUGUGAUUUUUGUUUACCACUGUGGGUAGUUCAGAACUCCAGUACACCUGGGGCACCCUAAAUCAGGAUUGCCUCUCCUCUUUUAAAGAGAGUAACUUUUGCUCUAUUAGAUAAAAACACCCUAUUCUCUUUUGUAAUAUUCUAGAGCAACUAGUUCUCUUAGAAUAUUAGUAUACUUAAUACCUCCAAUUUAUAAUUUUUUCUCAGUUGCACUCAAGGUCUUGAGUCCCCUGUCCUCACCGUGCAGGACCUGGCAGUGAAUCCACCCCUUGGGAUGUGGUGGGGGGUAGAUUCUGUUACCGCAAAUGGGAGUAUGCUUCACCCAUGGGUCAGAGUGGUGUUACAGGUAUGUGGUAAGAACAGAUCUGCAUUCAGCAGGACACACUGGCAAGCAGAUGGAGCCAGCCAGAAGAAUUCAGGAGCAGGUGAUACCCACACAUCCAGUGAAGCAGGUAGAACUACCUGGAAGUAGGUUCUCAGCCACUAGGCCCAGAUACAGGAUUUUGUGUCUCUUCAAGGGAAACCAACAGGAGAAACAUUGGUGCCAAGCUUAGAGAAAAGGCCUUGAGGGCAUGUCAGAGCUCCGGUAUCAGGACUGGGGUCAACAGACAUGGCCAGACUCUGAGUGAGGCCCAUGCUCUGUCCUCCAGGGUGAAAGUCUCUCCCAGCUCAGCUGAGCUCUGGUUGCAGAGUCAUCUCUGUGGUUGACCUGCAGGUGGGGAUCAAAUGGUUGCUUUGUGGACAGAAAAGGGCUGACAGGACAGAGCGGGAAGGGAGGGAAGGCCCAGUACAUUGUGAAAAACCAGCGAGGCUGGACGCAGUGGCUCAUGCCUGUAAUCCCAGCACUUUGGUAGGCCAAGGAGGGCAGAUCACUUGAGGUUAGGAGUUUGAGACCAGCCUAACAUGGUGAAACCCCAUCUCUACUAAAAAUACAAAAUUAGCCGGGCGUGGUGGCAUGCGCCUGUAAUCCCAGCUACUCGGGAAGCUGAGGCAGGAGAAUCACUUGAACCCAGGAAGCGGAGGUUGCUGUGAGCUGAGAUCGUGCCAUUGCACUCCAGCCUGGGCAACAAGAGCAAAACUCUGUCUCAAAAAAAAAAAAAAAAAGAAAAGAAAAACCAGCGAAGGCUCAGCUUGAGUAGCCAAUGGCACAAGGAAGCCACUGUAACUGACAGACACGCCUACUCUGCCACUGGGCCUGAUCUUGUGUGGGGAGUUCUGAUCAGCACCAGGCACUCUUUAGAAGCGCUGUGUCCAGUUUCUGUCCUCUUCUGCUGUCACGUGGCAGAAAAUUCCUCUCUCAUGCCAUCUGGGAAAAGUCCUUUCUUCAAAAAGAUCUCCCUUCCAUAGUCCUCCCAUUAGAAUCCUUUGCAUUCUGUACAGAAAGACAAACACUCUGAUGAGUCCAUCAACAUUAGGCAGAGUUGUUGGAGACCCAGGGAGAUGGGCUACAGAAGUCUUUAUGCACAUACCGGAUGGUACUCACUGUCUGUCAGCACCAAGCUCACUUCUUGGUACUUUGCUCUGUGGUGCCAGGACUAGGACCUGCAUAUUUCUCACAUUCUGUCUCCAGCUGACCUUCUGACCCUGGGCAGCACCAGAAAGAGGCUGAGACUACCUUCUGUCUCCAGUCCCUGUCAGCGACUCUCCAGCGACAGGCAACGGCACAAGCUCCAGACUCCAGCUGCUCUGGGCCUCCCAGCAUCAGCCACACCAUGCCCUUCAGAAGUCCCAGCACCGGCCGGGCACGGUGGCUCAGACCUGUAAUCCUAGCACUUUGGGAGUCCGAGGUGGGUGGAUUGCCCGAGCUCAGGAGUUCGAGACCAGCCUGGGCAACAUGGUGAAAUCCCAUCUGUACUAAAAUACAAACAAUUAGCUGGGCAUGGCAGUGUGCGCCUGUAAUCCCAGCUACUCGGGAGGCUGAGACAGGAGAGUCGCUUGAACCUGGGAGGCGGAGGUUGUAGUGAGCUGAGAUGGAGCCACUGCAUUCCAGCCUGGGCGACAGAGUGAGACUCUAUCUCAAAAAAAAAAAAGUCCCAGCACCAGCUGGGGCAGAGGGAGGGGGCUCCCCUGAAAGUUUCUGGUUUCUCGUAGCCCACCUCUUCCUUUUUGUCCUCCAGUUUAAAGAAUGGCAGCUGCUUUUUGUGGUUGCUAAUCUCUGGGUUAUCUCAGCAGCCCUUACAUGCUGUUUCAGCUUCAUCUGGGUAAACAUUUCCUGGUAUUAAACCUUGACAAACCUGCCAUGCUUUCUGUUUUCUGAAUGGAUGCUGACUGUAUAUGUGAUUGUAUUUAUUUACCCAUAUAUGUAUUUAAUAGUUAUGCCUUGCUUCAUGUUGGGAAUACAUUCUGAGAAAUGUGACAUUAAUUGAUUUUAUGGUUGUGCAAAAAUUUUAGUGUGUACUUACACCAAGAUGGUGCAGCCUACUACACACUAGGCUAGAUGGGAUAGCCUGUUGCUUCUAGGCUACAAACUUGCACAGCACGUUACUGUCCUGAAUACCAUUGUAACACAAUGGUAAGUAUUUGUGUAUCUAAACAGAAAAAUACAUAAAAAAUAAAGUAUAAAAGAUAAAAAAUGGUACACCUAUAUAGGGCACUUAUCCAUGGAAUUUGUUCUGGGUGAGUCAGUGUGUGAAUGGUGAGUGAAUGUGAAGGCCUAGGAGAGUACUGGACACUAUACUGUACACUUAGGCUGCACUAAAGUUAUGAGCAAAUACUUUUCUUCGAUAAUAAAUUAACCUUAGCUCACUGUAACUUUCCUACUAUAUGAACUUUUCUAUUUGUAAAAUACUUUUUGACUUUUUGUAAUUUUGUAAUAGCUUAAAACACAUACAUUGUACAGCUGUACAAAUAUAUUUUCUAUAUAUCCCUUUUUCCAUAAGCUUUUUUCUGUUUUUACAUUUUUUACUUUAAAUUUUUUUACUUUUCAAUUUUUUUGUUAAAAAUGAAGACACAAACACUCACAUUAUCCUAGGUCUACACAGGGUCCGGAUAAUCAAUACUUUCCACCUCCUCAUCUUGUCCCACUGGAGGGUCUUCAGGGGCAGUCACAUGCAUGAAGCUGCCAUCUCCUCAGAUAGCAAUACAUUCUUCUGGAAAAUCUCCUAAAGCACCUGUCUGAGGUUUUUUUACAGUUAACUUUUUUUUUAAUAAGUAGAAAGAGUAUACCCUAAAAUAAUGAUAAAAGUACAGAUAGUAAAUACAUAAACCACUAACAGUCAUUUAUUAUCACUAUCGAGUAUUAGGUACUGUACAUAACUGUAUGUGCUAGACUUUUAUACAAGUGGCAGUGCAGUGGGUUUGUUUGCAUCAGCAUCACCACAAACGUGAGUAUUGCCUCUCACUAUGACAUUACGAUGGCUAUGAUGUCACUAGACAAUAGGAACUUUUUAGCUCCAUUAUAAUUUUAUGGGACCUUCGUUGUAUAUGGAGUCUGUCAUUCACUGAAAUGUUGUUAUGUGGUGAUAACUGUAUUUAUAUAUAUGUGACCAGUGUUUAAAAAAAUCAGAAGAGAUUUUCAACAAAAGCAUAGUAAUAUGACCGAAAAUCAUUAACACAAAAUAAAAGGAAAAAAAAGUUUGUGACCAGCCUGGGCAAUGUAGGCAAGACCCUGUUUCUACAAAAUAGCAAUAAUAGUAACAAUAAUAAAUUAGCCAGACAUGGUGUGGCAUGCCUGUAGUCCUAAUUACUCAGGAGCCUGAGGCAGGAGGAUUAUUUGAGCCCAGGAGUUCAAGGCUGCAGUAAGCUAUGAUCACACCACUGCACUGCAGCCUGAGUAACAGGGAAACUUGUAUCCAAAAAUAAAAAUAAAAAAAAUGGAUUCAAAAAUAUUUUUUGUAUAUGGUGCAAGGAAUAAAUAAAAGUUCAUUUAAAAACAAAAAAGUAACAUAGAAAAGGAAUGUUAAAAAUUUUAAGCUGAGAAAAAAUGUACAUCUUUAAACAUCUUUAUACUGCUUUCCUACUUUUUACUGGGUGAGGAGAUUGAGCUCUUACUAAGAAUGUGGUUAUGGCUGGGCACAGUGGCUUAUGCCUAUAAUCUCAGCAUUUUGGGAAGCUGAGGCAAGAGGAUCACUGGAGCCCAGGAGUUCAAGAUCAGCCUGGCCAACAUAGCGAGACCUCGUCUCUACAAAAAAUACAAAAAUUAGCCAGGCGUGGUGGCACACACCUGUAGUCCCAGUGACUUGGAAGGCUGAGGCAGGAGAAUCACUUGGACCCAGGAGUUCAAGGCUGCAGUGAGCUAAGGUCACACCACAGCACCCCAGCCUGGGCGACAAAGUGAGACUCUGUCAAAAAAAAAAAAAGAAAAGAAUGUAGUUAAAGAUAAUGAGUUAUAUUUCCAAAGCUUCUGCAGAACUUUUGAGCUGCAAAAAAAAAAAAAGACCAAGAAGUUGGUCCUUUGUUUAGCAGAGUGUCAUAGAUAGUCUUCAGAUAGGCUGAGAGGGGCCUGGAGCUUAGUUCCACAGGGAAUGGGUUGCCUGUUGCUUUGCAUCAGAGAUUAGCAAGAAUUUUGGAGAAUAUCUAGGGACCAAUAAAGAUGGAAGCAGAGAGGGCCUAAGGAGGUGCACGGCCAGCAAGUGCCCUCAUGUGAUCAAUGAAUUUUAGAAUAUUGGUACCUAAUGUUCAACUGAAUUAUAACUAUAAAUCAUAAUUAUAAAAGUAAUAUAGGCUUGCCAUAAAAUAUCCAAGCAGUUAAAAAGUAUUUAGAGUAAAAAUGGCUUCCCAUCAACCAUGUAAAUAGCCAAAGAAACUAUACUGUAUAUAUUAUUCACUAGUUUUCUUUUUUCACUUAACAAUACAUCCUUCUAAUGUCUAAGUAGUAUUCCCUGUUAUGAAUAUAACUAUUAUACUCUAAUAUUCUCCAAUUGAUGGACAUUUAGGUUGUUUUGAUUUUUAAGUUAUGAUAAAAAACGAUGUCCUAUGACUUAUGUACUUGUUCAUGAGCACGUAAUCGUGUAGGAGAGAUUCCUAGAAGAGAAAUUGACCAGACCCUGACAAAUUGCCCCAAGCAAUGUUCUGCGAACCCUCCCACCUAUGGACUAGGGAUGAUUCUCCACAUCCUCACAGGGUGGAUGUUCUCAAUCUUUAAAAAUGCUCUCCAGUAUGAUUGGCAAAUCAGGCCACCUCUGUAUUUCACAUUGCUUGCUUAAUAACAAGGCUGAGCAUUGUGAAUAUAUUCAUUAGCCAAUUGUGUUCCUUUUCCUAUGGAUCGCUUUUUUGUAUCUUUGCUUGUCUUUUCUGUUGGGGUGCUCAUUUCUCUUACCAAUUUGUAGAAAUUCUCAGCCACGUCGGGGAUCUGAACCCCUUGCUAUAUGUGUCACACAUGUUUUUGGCUUGUCUUUAUCUCCAUGGCACAUCUAGGAAGAUGUGAGCAGCCACUGUGGCCCCGGUUUUGGCAUGGAGAGACAGCUCUUCCGAGAGAGGGCAGCCAAGGUAAAGAAACACAGAUGAGCCAUGGAAAGAGGGCAUCUGUCUUCAGUUACCUCUGCAGGGUGAGCAGUGAUGCGUUGAGGGAAAAGUGUAUGAUUUGGAGAUUAAAGGGCUACAGUUCAUCCCCUGCUAACUAUGUGACCGUGGAAAAAUGGUCUAAUCUCUCCAAGGCUCAGUUUCUUCUAUAAAAGAGAGGAAGUAAUGGUUACUUCAUAUAGGAUUGUGUGGAAUAAAUGAGUAAAUUCAUGUAAAGGACUUGCUUCGGGGCCUGGCAUCCAAUCAGUGUUUGAGCAAUGAACAGUUUACAGUGUGAACCCAAUAAAAUCACAUGCACAGAUGCCUUUUGACGAUUUUAAAGGGCUAUGAACACAUAAGUAAGUAGCUGUUACUUUUACACACAAUUAUCCAUGUCAGGUAAUGUACUAGAAGUCUGUGAAACAUUCAGCCACUCUCUUAGUUCUGAGUUUGGAGACAGGAAUGCUCUCUGAGAGCGUCAGGUGCCCUCCCACACUCACUGAUUGGUAAAGGGGAAGAUGGGGGCUGGGAAGGGGGAGGCUCACUCAGGAGUCCAGACAGUGGUGGGGACAACCUGAGUGCUCAGUCGUAAAGAGGAAAGGCAGAAUUUUUCCUUGCUAUGGCUGGAACAAAGGCACUUUUGAUGCUGGAAAACUUCAUAGAUGGAAAAUUUUUACCUUGUAGCUCAUAUAUAGAUUCUUACGACCCAUCAACGGGGGAAGUGUAUUGCAAAGUGCCAAAUAGUGGAAAAGACGAGAUCGAAGCUGCGGUCAAGGCCGCCAGAGAAGCCUUUCCUGGCUGGUCAUCCCGCAGCCCCCAGGAGCGCUCGCGGGUCCUGAACCAGGUGGCGGAUUUGCUGGAGCAGUCCCUGGAGGAGUUUGCCCAGGCUGAGUCUAAAGACCAAGGGAAAACCUUAGCACUGGCAAGAACCAUGGACAUUCCCCGGUCUGUGCAGAACUUCAGGUUCUUCGCUUCCUCCAUCCUGCACCACACAUCAGAGUGCACGCAGAUGGACCACCUGGGCUGCAUGCACUACACGGUGCGGGCCCCGGUGGGAGUCGCUGGUCUAAUCAGCCCCUGGAAUUUGCCACUCUACUUGCUGACCUGGAAGAUAGCUCCAGCGAUGGCUGCAGGGAACACUGUCAUAGCCAAGCCCAGUGAGCUGACUUCAGUGACUGCGUGGAUGUUGUGCAAACUCCUGGAUAAAGCAGGUGUUCCACCAGGUGUGGUCAAUAUUGUGUUUGGAACCGGGCCCAGGGUGGGUGAGGCCCUGGUGUCCCAUCCAGAGGUGCCCCUGAUCUCCUUCACUGGGAGCCAGCCCACCGCCGAGCGGAUCACCCAGCUGAGCGCUCCCCACUGCAAGAAGCUCUCCCUGGAGCUGGGGGGCAAGAAUCCUGCCAUCAUCUUUGAGGAUGCCAACCUGGAUGAGUGCAUUCCGGCAACUGUCAGGUCCAGCUUUGCCAACCAGGGUGAAAUCUGUCUCUGUACCAGCAGGAUCUUUGUCCAGAAGAGCAUCUAUAGUGAAUUUUUAAAGAGAUUUGUAGAAGCUACCAGAAAGUGGAAAGUCGGCAUUCCCUCUGAUCCAUUGGUGAGCAUGGGUGCUCUGAUAAAUAAAGCACAUUUGGAGAAAGUCAGAAGUUACGUCAAGAGAGCUCUUGCUGAAGGUGCCCAAAUUUGGUGCGGUGAGGGAGUGGAUAAGUUGAGCCUCCCUGCCAGGAACCAGGCAGGCUACUUUAUGCUUCCCACGGUGAUAACAGACAUUAAGGAUGAAUCCUGCUGCAUGACGGAAGAGAUAUUUGGUCCAGUGACGUGUGUCGUCCCCUUUGAUAGUGAAGAGGAGGUGAUUGAAAGAGCCAACAACGUUAAGUAUGGGCUGGCGGCUACCGUGUGGUCCAGCAACGUGGGGCGCAUCCACCGGGUGGCUAAGAAGCUGCAGUCCGGCUUGGUCUGGACCAACUGCUGGCUCAUCAGGGAGCUGAACCUUCCUUUCGGGGGGAUGAAGAGUUCUGGAAUAGGUAGAGAAGGAGCCAAGGACUCUUACGACUUCUUCACUGAGAUCAAAACCAUCACCGUUAAACACUGAUCUUGCUAAUGGUGGAGCCACUAUGGCCAAUGCCUGGCUGCAGGCAUCAGUUGUUCAGUGUGGUGGAUGAAAAUCAUGGCAUGAAUUCCAGCUAUGCCUUGACUUGGCAGAAGGUUAUCUCUAGCUUGUCCUCAGUUCUUAGUAAUUUUACCCGCUAGUGAAGAGAUACUGUCUAUUUUCAAUGUGGACUCGGAAGAAAAGACUUCUAAGUAGGAAGAUAGAGCAAUGAUGCCAAACAGUUGUCAAGCUCCUCCCAGGUUAUGUUUUCAUAGUGUUUCUUUCAUCAUCUUCAUUGAACUCUUUGGAAUCUCCAGAUAAUCAGAUUAUUUCAUUUGAAAGUAUAUGGUAAAUUUUAAAAAAAUCUACAAUCAGGCACAGUGCCUCAUGCCUAUAAUCCCAGCACUUUGGGAGGCCAAGGUGGGUGGAUCACUUGAGUUCAGGAGUUUGAGAUCAGCCUAGGCAACACAAUGAAAUCCUGUCUUUACCAAAAAUUUAAAAAUUAGCUGGGUGUGGUGCCCUCUGCCUAUAGCCCCAGCUACUUGGGAGGCUGAGGUGGGAGGAUCGCUUGAGCCCAGGCGGUUGAGGCUGCAGUGAGCCAUGAUCAUGCCAUUGCGUAUCAGCCUGGGGGACAGAGUGAGACCUUGUCUUUAAAAAAAAAUGCUGCAAAACCAAAAAGAAACAAAUAGCCAUAAUUUGCCAUCUUUGGAGAGAUUAUGGAGAUAAUCUCCUUGUCUAUUAGCCACUAGCAUGGCUAAUUGAUCGUUGAUUGUACCUCAUUACAUAAGGGGGCAGUGGACGUCUUUGGAAUUUGUUAGGGGAAGGCUAUGUGGUAAGCUCUACUAAAUGUAUCUGUACAAGGAUGAAGAAAAACAAAAUACUACUUUUGGAGGAAACUUGGAACAAGAAGAGGACAUAGUUUGAUCUAUUCCUACGGUCAAGUCUAAUCAAUUCCAUUUCUUAGUGUAUGCAUCUAAUGAGGCUUACAACUUGCUAACCCCAAAAGAAGCAAUAAAUGUUAAGCAAUUUUA